GCCCAGGCGGGGGGCGAUGGCGGCGCCGGAUUUGGGGGCGACUUUGGGCCUAAAACGGCUCCGCGCUCGUCAUUAUUUGUAACCAUAGAGCAUGAAUUACCUCUUGAGGUCAUCAGUGAGAAUUUACGACUGGUCAACAAAAGCACGUGACGCCCAAACGCACCCCCCACCCUCCCCCCAUAUUUGGCCGCAUACAUAGCAAAAACGAAGUACAGUGCAUCGCUAUAAUUCAUUAAUACAUCAUAAAUCGUCAAGCACGGGGGUUAUAACGACCACGAGCCACAAAUCAAGCCCUCCAAAAUAACCCAAAUGAGCUCUUACUUUGUAAACUCGUUCUCAGGGCGCUACCCAAAUGGCCCCGACUAUCAGUUACUAAAUUAUGGGACCGGCAGUUCCAUGAACGGUUCUUACAGAGAUUCAAGCACCAUGCAUUCCAGCUCUUAUGGCUACAACUACAAUGGGAUGGACCUUAGCAUCAACCGCUCAGCCUCCUCCACUCACUUUGGGGCUGUGGGCGAGAGCUCCCGCGGUUUCCCUUCUCCAGCUCAGGAGAGCAGGUUUAGACAGGCGAGCAGCUGCUCCUUAUCUCCUCCCGACUCCCUGCCCUGCUCCAACAGCGAGAGCCACGGGGGCAAACCCGCCCCGUCCCCCUCGGAAGCGGCUCCCGCCGCCAGCAGCACCAGCACGCAUUUCACAGAACUAGACGAGACCAGCGCGUCCUCGGGAGCCGACGAGGGCACGGCGGUCCCCCGAGCGCAGGCAGAGCCCAUCGCCAGCUCGGCGGCCGCGCCAGAAGGGCAGGCGCCUCAGAUAUUCCCCUGGAUGAGGAAACUUCACAUUAGCCAUGGUACAGCUACUUCUUUUUCCCUCCUUGUUGUUUAUUUAUUUUUUUUUUCUCCCCCUCUUUCUCACCCCCCCCACCUUUCUCUCUUUUUUCUU